AUCGAAAAAAUGCUAAUAGGAUAUCAACCCAAAAGGUUCUCUCUCUGAGGUCAUUUGGGGGCACCCAGAGCUUAAAGCAAACAUGCUGAAGCAGCAUUUAAAACUUGUGCAGCGCGCAAAACGACUAAGUGCCAAAAGAAAUUAAAUUGGCCAAGUGCAAGUCCAGAAUAAAAAGUAUUAUCUUUUCCCCCUGUGUGAAUCACGCUAUCUUGAGUAUUAAAUAAUCAUAUCAAUAAAGCUGCCUCACCUUUGGUUGUGUUCUUAAUAAUGUGACCGGUGAGAGUAUAUUGGAGCCAUAUGGGUCAUAUAGUCAUCCAUCUCAAACUCGGCACUAGCUUAAAGUGAAAGCGAGCCAACAGUAAUGAAUGAAUUGGCUUUUGAUGUGUGCUAUUUUAUCUCAUGUGGGUCAGUGAGUAAGUGAUGGUUGCAAUUCUGUCACAUUACAAAGGGGCACAUUUUCAAGCCCCCUGAGAGAUAAACGUGCUGCUCCCUUUUUCCCCCCAGCGCCUCCUUUCACAACAGGUGGUAGCUAUUUCCAAAUCAUCACUUGUCCCGGGCCAAUCUAUAAAAAGAUUAAGGAUAUGUUCAACUUUUAAUUUGACUCCUAUAUUAUGAUUUUUUUUUUUUUUUUUUAUGUGACGUCCUUGGUGUUUACUUCCUGUCUUGUCUUAAUCUCAAGGGCACGUGUAGGAGUUGAUAUGUGUGACUUGACAAAUUCUACACAAAGUGUUAUUCCUGUCCGUGGCUUGAUGAUUGGCCGACCCGACGUGGGUGUGUGCAUGACCAUUAUGGACAGACAUCGUGACUUUAGAUGAAGGACUCCUGCUCCGUUAGUUGAAAUGUCCUCUCGCCAUCUGGCUGCAAAGAUACCCGAAGGCGCCGAGACUCUGUUAAUAUGCUUGCGUGGCUCGAAAUAAUUUUCUAUUAUUCUCAGCAGAAAGAUCCAUGGAUUCAGUGGUGAGCUUCGCCUGCAUCUCAUUUCUGACCCCUUGAGACUUUUUUAUUAUCGUGGCUGAAGAUAAUGUCAAGUUUUCAGGAGCCAAUUAUCUUCACCAAUCCCGUGGCUGAGUGUUGACGUGGGCGCAACUACAAAAUGAUGACUCAUGGGCUUUGUCACUACUACGUUGAUGUUUAGAGCUUCCACGUCUGGAGUGUGGCAUGCUGAGGGCACCAGUAUCGUGGACCCGUGUAAUGCAGAGCCUGCGCCUCCCAGUCCAGCCAUGUACCAGCUGGAUAUUGUCUUGAAAAAAGGCAACAACUUGGCCAUCCGAGAUCGCACAGGUACCAGUGAUCCAUAUGUCAAGUUCAAGAUUCAAGGGAAGGAGGUGUUCAGGAGUAAAACCAUCCAUAAGAACCUCAAUCCUGUGUGGGAUGAAAGAGCAAGUCUCCUGGUGGAAAGCCUGAGGGACCCGCUGUACGUCAAGGUUUUUGACUAUGACUUUGGACUCCAGGAUGACUUCAUGGGCUCGGGGUAUCUCUACUUGGAGUCUCUGGAACAUCAGAGGACACUGGAAGUUACCCUGGACCUAAAGGACCCGCAUUAUCCAGACCACAAUCUCGGCAGCUUGGACCUUUCCGUCACUUUAUCACCCCGUGAGGGCGACAUGAGAGAUGCAACCAUGCUUUUGAGAAGGAACUGGAAACGAUCUAGUAAGUGUCAGAGUAUGCGCCUGUCGGAUGUACACCGAAAAUCUCAACUGUGGCGAGGCAUCGUCAGCAUCAGUCUGAUCGAAGGUCGCGGCCUCCAGCCCAUGGACGACAACGGCCGAAGUGACCCAUAUGUUAAAUUUAGGAUGGGCCACCAAAAGUACAAGAGCAAGACGAUUCCCAAAACGCUGAAUCCUCAAUGGAGAGAGCAGUUUGACUUCCACAUGUAUGAGGAGCAAGGAGGCUACGUGGACAUUACUGUCUGGGACAAAGAUGCUGGCAAGAAAGACGACUUCAUGGGAAAGUGUACAAUCGACUUGUCCCUCCUCAGUAAAGAACACACUCACAAGCUGGAGUUACUACUUGAGGAAGGCGAAGGUGUGCUGGUAAUGCUGGUGACGCUCACGGCCUCCGCUGCCGUCUCCAUCUCCGACAUGUCGGUCAACGUGCUGGACGACCCGCAUGAGCGACUGCAGAUCAAGCAGAGAUAUAGCUUGUGGAGGUCGUUGCGCAACCUGAAAGACGUCGGCGUGGUGCAAGUAAAAGUCAUCCGGGCUGAGGGCUUGAUGGCUGCAGAUGUCACAGGUAAGAGUGACCCAUUCUGUGUAGUGGAGCUGAGUAACGAUCGGCUGCAGACUCACACCGUUUACAAAAACCUUAACCCGGAGUGGAACAAGGUCUUCACUUUUAACGUGAAGGACAUCCACACAGUGCUUGAGGUCACCGUCUACGACGAGGACCGAGACAGAAGCGCAGACUUCCUGGGGAAAGUGGCCAUUCCUUUACUCAAUAUCCAAAAUGGAGAACGCAAAGCCUACGCCUUGAAAAGCAAGGAGCUGACAGGGCCAACCAAAGGGGUCAUCUUUCUUGAAAUAGACGUCAUUUUUAACGCUGUGAAGGCUGGUCUCAGGACGUUGAUCCCCAUUGAGCAGAAGUAUAUUGAGGAGGAGCCCAGAGUGUCCAAACAGCUGCUGUUGCGCAACUUCAACAGAGUGAGGCGCUGCAUCAUGUUCAUCAUCAACACCGGUUAUUACAUCAACAGCUGCUUCGAAUGGGAAUCUCCCCAGAGGAGCAUCUGUGCCUUUGUGCUCUUUGUCGUCCUGGUGUGGAACUUUGAACUCUAUAUGAUUCCGCUGGCUUUGUUGCUACCCUUGGCCUGGAACUACAUUCUCAUCACGUCGGGCAAGGAUACGAGGCAAGAUGUGCAAGCAAUGGAGGAUCUGAUGGAGGACGAGGAUGAGGAUUUUGACAAAGAUGACAGGGAAACUAAACCAGAGGCCGGGGACGACAGCCAUGAUAAAUACCGUACCCUUGAGGAGUUGUUGUCUUCCUGGCACUUUGAGUGGAUGCUAGUAAUGGUGGACUCGGAGAGAAAGGGCUUCAUGAACAAGAUUUAUGCCAUUCAGGACGUGUGUAUCAGCGUGCAGAAUGCGCUGGAUGAAGUGGCCUCCUAUGGCGAGAGGAUAAAGAACACUUUUAAUUGGACUGUGCCUUUCCUAAGCUGGCUGGCCAUCGUCGCUCUUGGAAUGGCCACCGUCAUUGUUUACUUCAUCCCGCUCAGAUACAUCGUGCUAGCCUGGGGAGUGAAUAAAUUCACCAAGAAGCUGCGAGACCCUUACACCAUUGACAACAACGAGAUCUUGGACUUUUUGUCCCGAGUGCCCUCUGAUGUCCAAGUGGUGCAGUACCGAGAGCUGAAACCAGAUCCCAAUCCCAGUCCAAAUAAGAGGAAGAAAAACAACCCCGGGUAGAAGUCUUGCCUUGUGUCCAUUUCCUGUGUGCUGCUCCAUUACUGGACUCUAAGAAGAGCGAGGUGGGAGGCGCUCGGAACCCAACGUGGCCAUUACAGGCGCCUAAUGUUUAAUUUUGGAAACAAAAAAGAAAUUCUUAUCCCCAUUUGGUGAAAAACAAAAGAUGGUAGAGGAUGGAUCUGUAAGUACAUCAUUUCCCGGUCCUCCUCCUAUCACACUAAUUCUACAUUUCAUGAACCAAGUCUUCUUGCAUUGUUGAAGUGCCACUCCAAUAAUUCAUGUUGUCUUCCUACGAUACGGAUGGCAGCCAUUUGGAUUGAACGAUCCAGAACGCUACCACGUUGUUUUUCUACGCAAACGUGUUUUUAAAUGCAGUUUGACUUCAAAACGCAGCAAUGUCGCAAAUGUUUUCGUGAUGUAUUUAUUUAUUUAUUUAUUUUUUAUUUAUGACACAUUACGGAGGGUUCUGGCUCGCAAUCCAAUUCAUCCAAGCACUGGGCAGCAGAAGAAAGGACAUUCACCAAAGUCGGAAGCAUAUCUGAAAUGUCUUGAAUGGUUAUGAUUGAAGGAUUGUAAGCCGACUUUGCAAAAACAGUCACGCAGAGAAACACAGACUGUGCGUGAUGCCGUGAUGCCAUGCCCCAGGCCGCCCUCGCCAUCCGCCCCGUCUCAAACGCUGAUCUGAGAAGCGUGUGUGUGAGCCGGGGUUUUGUGUGUUUACGGAAUCAAAGCCAAGGUGGCUCUUGUCGUGUUUCCAUUUGAUGUCCCCCCUGCAGCUGCGUUGCUGUCUCCAUCAUGAUUCCAUGGUGCCGUUUGGAUGAAUUAAAAAAAUUAAAUAAAAAGAAGGAAUUGUGAGCCGGGCCCUUUCGUAAAUAUGUUCCGAAUGCGCGUGCCCACUCAUUUCUGGAUUUAGUUUACGACGGUUUUUGAACAUUUGCAAGCAAACCAAAGUGUUUGUCGUUAGCAUUUCGAAGCGAUAAAUCAGGGGUGUCCAAACUUUGA